AUGUUUACAUCAAAAAACCUUCUCCGGGUACUGGCUAGGCGUUUUCUCUCCAGUACGCCAAUCAAACGCCAUGGUCCAAAGCUUACUGCGGCAUCUGCGGACGAAAUGUCCCAUUUCAAUGCUUUGGCUUCAUCGUGGUGGGAUGUUAACGGUCCCCAACGGAUACUUCACAAAAUGAAUUUGCUCCGCAUGGACUACAUCAACGAAAUGGUUCGCUCGCACUUGAAGUUGAACAAGGAUGUGCAAUCGCCUGAUGACGAGAUCUAUAUUCCGCCUUUUAAUGUGGAUUUGCUUCCAACACCCAUCAAGUCCAGAAUCUUGCAAGAACAAGAUGAAAAGAGAGACGAGAUCCUCAUGGAUCGAAAGCUCAAGGCAUUGGAUGUGGGUUGUGGUGGAGGUAUCUUAGCUGAAUCAUUGGCUCGUCUUCGAUACGUCGAAAGUGUCAAAGGUAUCGACUUGUCUACAGAUGUCUUGGAGGCUGCCAAGGUGCACUUGAAAGAAGACCCAGAAUUGGAAUCGAAACUCACAUACAGCUUACAGGCGGUGGAGGAUUUGCCGAUCAAUGAAAAGUACGACAUCAUCACCGUGUUCGAGAUGCUUGAGCAUGUGCAAUACCCAUCUAAAGUGUUAUCGGAGGUGUUUGAUAGAGUUGAAGAUGGAGGUUGGGUGUUCUUGUCGACUAUCAACAGAGACUUUGUGAGCUGGUUCACUACUAUCUUUAUGGGCGAACAUGUAUUGAAAAUUGUUCCUGUGGGCACCCAUACCCUUGAAAAGUACAUCAACGAAAAGGAAAUCCGUCAAUGGGUUGAACAAAGUAAGUACAAGGAAACAUUUGAGGUAACCGACUCACGUGGAUGCAUCUACCUUCCCGCUUAUGGAUGGAAGUUUACUGAGUGUGCCGAGGUCGGCAACUAUUUUAUGGCCAUACAGAAAAUCAAGUAA